GUAGUCGACUGCCAGGAUAAGUUUACAAGCAAUCUUUUAUUAAACGCUCAGAACGUCAUUACAAAAGCAGCGUAAUCAGGACAAAAGGGAUAAGCAGCAUUUUCACUUCUUAGUAAAUAAAAAAUAUUUUAAAAUAUUUUAACGAGAGGAGAAAUGUGAGCUGGUUGCUACGGGAACCGCAUGAAAGAUCGCGUGCUAGAUAAAAAUCUUAAAAUGAACAAAUUGUAGACGGUUUUGUGAACAACAGGUGAUGCGGCCUUCUUUAGAAAACGCAGUCAGGUGGAAAAAAGGUGAAAUAACUAAUAAAAAAAUAUAUCGUAACUACAGGGUCAACGCUGAGUUCAAAGGUGAAAGGUGAGACGCGCCACAGCGCCGUUGUCUACAGCUCAACAUGGCUAAACAUCAUCCUGACUUGAUCUUCUGUAGAAAACAAGCCGGUGUCGGUAAGAACGGGAGCUCCUUUUUAAAAACAACUCUUUUUCUUUUAGUUACUAUGCCCAGAAUAGUCGAUCUAGACGGCAGUCGGCACCCUUGGUCCUGCAGAGCCACCAUCCCGCAGGUUAACGCCCCCUCGACGGGUGACCCGCUGGUCCAGCGUAGCCGUUCUCCUGCCCCAGGCGGGACUAAGGGGCUCACGGCCGGUGUUUCGCCGUCGAUGAAUCUGAUUGCGUCGCUCUGCUCCCUCCCGCAGAGAGACGGCUGUCCGAAGAUCGUGAACCUGGGCAGCUCCAAGACCGACCUCUUCUACGAGCGCAAGAAGUACGGCUUCAAGAAGAGGUGAAAGGGGAAAGGUCGGGAGGGCGCCCAGAGGUCGAGAUGUCCCGCCUCCAGUCUGGUGUCCAAACCAAGAUCUUGCUUUUUUUUUUUCACACGUGUAGGAUUUUCGAAAUGUAAUAAAGGUGUUUUUAUACUGUG